GCGGUAGCUUUGGGGUCUUACGUCUGGGUAGAAGAUGCAGAACAGGCCUGGUUAGAUGGAGAAGUAGUUGAAUCUAACGAUGAUCAGGUCAAAGUAAAAUGCGAAACUAAGACGAUAGUAGCAAAGGUUAAUGCUGUGUACCCCAAGGAUCCUGAGUUUCCUGAACUUGGUGUCGACGACAUGACAAAGCUUGCCUAUUUGCAUGAACCAGGGGUUCUUCUUAAUCUCAAGUCCCGCUACAAUGCAAAUGAAAUUUAUACAUACACAGGGAAUAUACUCAUAGCUGUGAAUCCCUUUAAAAGAUUACCCCACCUAUACGGAAAUGAGAUCAUGGAACAGUAUAAAGGCUCAGAUUUUGGUGACUUAAGCCCACAUCCUUUUGCUGUUGCUGAUUCUGCCUAUAGAAAGAUGAUCAACGAGGGAGUGAGCCAGGCGAUCUUGGUGAGUGGAGAAAGCGGUGCUGGGAAGACUGAGAGCACAAAGAUGCUCAUGCAGUAUCUUGCAUACAUGGGUGGUAAAGCUGAGAGUGAAGGAAGAUCUGUAGAGCAGCAAGUUUUGGAGUCAAAUCCUGUUUUAGAAGCUUUUGGUAAUGCAAAAACCGUCAGAAAUAAUAAUUCAAGUCGUUUUGGUAAAUUUGUGGAGAUUCAGUUCAAUCAUAUGGGAAGAAUCUCAGGAGCUGCUAUUAGGACGUAUUUGCUUGAGAGGUCACGAGUUUGUCAAGUUUCUGACCCUGAAAGAAACUAUCAUUGCUUUUACAUGCUCUGCGCUGCACCAGAACAGGAAAUUGAGCGGUAUAAACUAGGGAAACCAAGCACAUUCCACUACCUAAAUCAAUCGAAUUGCCAUGCAUUGAGUGCAUUUGAUGAUUCCAAGGAAUACAUAGAUACGAGGAAAGCUAUGGACGUUGUCGGGAUCACUUCUGAAGAACAGGAUGCAAUCUUCCGGGUAGUUGCUGCUAUUCUUCAUCUGGGAAACAUUGAGUUCGUAAAAGGAGAAGAAUCAGAUGCUGCAGAGCCCAAGGACGAUAAAUCCCGGUUCCAUCUGAAAGUAGCUGCAGAACUUUUCAUGUGUGAUGAGAAAGCUUUAGAGGACUCCUUGUGCAAAAGGGUAAUGGUGACUCGUGGUGAAAGCAUUACAAAGUCGCUUGAUCCUGGUAGUGCAGCUCUAAGCAGAGAUGCUCUUGCCAAGAUCGUCUAUUCUAAAUUGUUUGAUUGGCUUGUGACUACGAUCAAUAAUUCUAUUGGCCAAGACCCAAGUUCAAAAUACAUUAUUGGAGUCCUUGAUAUAUAUGGAUUCGAGAGUUUUAAGACAAACAGUUUUGAACAGUUUUGUAUAAACCUGACAAACGAGAAGCUGCAACAACACUUCAACCAGCAUGUAUUCAAAAUGGAGCAAGAAGAGUAUACUAAAGAAGAGAUUGACUGGAGUUACAUAGAGUUCAUUGAUAAUAAGGAUGUCCUUGAACUUAUAGAAAAGAAACCUGGCGGCAUUAUUGCCCUUAUCGAUGAAGCUUGUAUGUUUCCAAGAUCGACACAUGAAACACUUGCGCAAAAGCUAUACCAGACAUUUAACGGCCACAAGCGUUUUACAAAACCGAAACUGGCUCGUACAGACUUUACCAUCUGCCAUUAUGCUGGUGAUGUAACUUAUCAGACUGAACUGUUUUUGGACAAGAACAAAGAUUACGUUGUUGGAGAACAUCAAUCUCUCAUGAACUCUUCAGAAUGUUCCUUUGUCUCGUCUUUGUUUCCAAAACCGAAAGAGGAAUCCUCCAAAUCAUCUAAGUUCUCAUCAAUAGGCUCUCAGUUCAAGCAACAACUACAAUCUUUGCUCGAUACAUUGAGCACAACAGAGCCGCACUACGUACGCUGUGUUAAACCAAAUAACGUUCUCAAGCCAGAUAUUUUUGAGAACGCUAACGUUCUGCAUCAACUUAGGUGUGGGGGAGUCAUGGAAGCCAUUAGAAUUAGUUGUGCUGGAUAUCCUACUAGAAAGUCUUUCAGUGAGUUUUUAACUAGGUUCCGCAUUUUAGGACCAGAUGUUGCAAACAAAAGCUUUGACGAAGUUGAUGCUUGCAAAAAGCUACUAGCAAAAGUGGACUUAAAAGGUUUUCAGAUAGGGAAGACAAAGGUGUUUCUUAGGGCAGGUCAGAUGGCAGAGCUGGAUGCUCACCGAACUGAAGCUCUUGGCCACUCAGCAAGGAUCAUACAGAGGAAAGUCCUUAGUUAUCAGUCGCGUAAAAAGUAUAUAAUGUUGCAGUCCGCUUCAACUGAAAUCCAAGCCUUUUGUAGAGGACAUGUUGCACGCGUUCAGUUUAGGGCCAUGAGAAGAGAAGCUGCUUCUCUGAGAAUUCAGAAGCAGGCCAGGAGUUAUAUAUGCCAGACAGCCUAUAAAAGGCUGUGUAUAUCAGCUACUUAUGUUCAGACUGGGUUGCGUGCAAUGGCUGCUCGAGUUGAACUUCAAUACAGGAUGAAGAGAAAAGCGGCAAUCAUUAUUCAAAGUCAGAUCAGAAGAUUUUUGUGUCGGAGGCGGUUUUUGAGAAUGAAGAAAGCAGCUAUCACCACUCAAUGUGGCUGGAGAGUGAAACUUGCACGCCGAGAAUUGCUGAAGCUUAAAAUGGCUGCUAAGGAAACAGGAGCCCUCCAAGACGCGAAGAAUAAGUUAGAAAAGGAGUUGGGAGAACUCACUUCAUGCUUAGAGCUUGAGAAACAGAUGAGGAUGAAGCUUGAGGAAACUCAAGAAACCAAAAGUGAGGAGAUCUCGAAGUUGCAGUCUGCUUUACAUGACAUGCAAUUAGAAUUUGAAGAACUUUCCAAGGAUCUGGAGAUAACGCAUGAUCUCGCUGCAGAGAAUGAACAUCUCAAGGAGUUGGUGAGCUCAUUACAAAGUAAAACUGAUGGAUCCGAGACCAAACAUGAAGAAACAAGUAAGCUAAGUGAAGGCCAAAUAAAACAUGAGGUUCCCGUCAUUGACCAUGAUGUAAUCAUCAAGCUCGAAGCUGAAAAUGAACAAUUGAAGGCGUUGGUCAGUUCAUUGGAAAAGAAAAUCGAUGCCUUAGACAGAAAGCACGACGAAACAAGCUCAAACAUCACAGAGCAGUUGAAGGAGAGUGUUUCAUCUGAUUAUGAGAUUGUGAGUGAUCUUGCAGCUGAGAAUGAACGUCUGAAGGCACUAGUAAGUUCGUUAGAGAAGAAAAAUAACGAAAAUGAUGGAAAUGAUUCACCAAACGAGCAAAAGGAGGGGACACAUAUGCUGAAAGAAGAGAGCUUAACAGAGGAUGUUUCAGUUGAUAGUGAAAUGACCAACAAGCUUACUGCUGAAAACAAAGAGUUGUAUGAUCUGGUAGAUUUGUUGGAAAAGAAAGUAAAAGAAACAGAGAAGAAGUAUGAGGAAGCAAGUAAACUUUGUGAAGAGAGGCUUCAGCAGGUUGUAGAGGCAGAGACAGAACUAAUCCAGUUAAAAACAUCUAUGCAAAUGCUUGAGGAAAAGGUCUCUGACAUGGAAGCAGAAGACAAAAUUCUACGGCAGCAAGCACUGAUUAACUCAGCUUCCAAGAAAAUGUCACCCCAGGUGUCAUUUUCAGGACCUCCGCCAAUGGAGAACGGACAUCAUGUAUCAUCAUUGGCUCCUAUACCAUCAGGAAAGUUUGGGGCAAUGUCUUUUAGACGAACCCUCGAACAACAACCACAUGAAUACGUUGACGUCCUUCUCGGUUUUGUUUCUCAAAAUAUCGGUUUCAGCCAUGGAAAGCCUGUUGCGGCGUUUACAAUAUAUAAAUGUCUCAUACACUGGAAACUAUUUGAAGCAGAGAAAACCAGUAUCUUCGAUCGUAUUGUUCCUCUUUUUCGUUCUGCUAUAGAGAAUCCGGAAGAUAAUGAUAAUUUGACAUAUUGGCUAACAAACACAUCUACGCUACUGUUCUUGCUUCAAAGAAGCUUGAAAACUCAUGGCACAAAUGGUGCAAGUGCGAAUAAACCUCCUCAGCCAACUUCAUUUUUUGGGAGAAUGACACAGGGUUUCCGUUCUACCUCUUCGGCAAGCCUUUCAGGUGAUGUAGUGCAACAAGUAGAUGCUCGAGUUCCUGCUUUGCUUUUCAAGCAGCAGCUCACAGCCUAUGUUGAAACGAUAUUUGGAAUAUUUCAAGAGAAUGUGAAGAGAGAACUAGAGCCUGCGCUUUCGUCAUGCAUUCAGGGACUGAAAGAUUCGUCAAAUGAGCCCUCUGCAGAGAACUUACCAGCUGAGUCAUCUGAACAGAACUCACCAGCAAAGCCAUCUGAAGAGAGUCAACAGGCAAAGCCAUCUGAAGAUAAUCCACAGGCAAAGUCAUCUGAAGAUAUAACAGAGGCAAAGCCAUCUGAAGAGAGUCCACAGGCAAAAAGAUCUGAAGACAGUCCACAGGCAAAGACAUCUGAAGAGAAUCCACCCACAACGCCAUCCACAGAGAAUUCACCAGCGAAAACUUGGCAAGGCAUCAUAGAUCUUUUGAAUCGGCUUCUCGGCACAUUGAAGAAAAACUAUGUUCCUCUGUUUCUUGCUCAGAAGAUAUUCAGCCAAACAUUCCAAGGCAUCAACGUUCAAGUCUUUAACAGCCUUCUGGAACGAGAAUGCUGUACAUACCACAUGGGCAAAAAGGUGAAUGCUUGGUUUAAUGAACUAGAGGAAUGGUGUAGCCAGGCAACUGAAGAGUUUGUAGGGUCUUCAUGGGAUGAACUUAAACACACAAGACAAGCUGUGUUGCUCUUGGUUACAGAACAAAAGUCCACAAUUACAUAUGAUUAUCUUACCACUAACCUCUGCCCGGCUCUUAGUACUCAGCAAUUGUAUAGAAUAUGUACCCUCUGCAAAAUUGAUGACCAGGAGGAUCAGAAUGUAUCUCCAGAGGUGAUUUCUAACUUGAAACUUCUAAUAACAGAUGAAGACGAAGACAGCCGUUCUUUCUUAUUAGACAAUGAUUCCAGUGUCCCCUUUGCGGCCGAUGAAAUCUCAAACUGUAUGGAAGAAAAAGAAUUUGCAAAUGUAAAGCCAGCGAUUGAACUCGCUGAUAACCCUAACUUCCAGUUUCUAAAGGGCUGAGACCUAUUUUUGGUCCGUCCUUCAUCUGACCACUCAAUUGUACAGUAGUAGUCCCUUGCACAGAUUUACGGAAUGUAGAAUCUCGAUAGGUUUUAUCACGUAGGGUUUUCAGAGGGAUUCUUGAGCUCAACUGUAUCGUUCUCCUGCUCUCUUCUUUUGAUUUUAUUUGAUUUGAUUCUUACA